AUGAGGACUGCUGUGGCUCUGUUCCUGGUUCUAACUACGGCAGCUACAGUGACUCAUUCCGCCAGGAUACUGGGCGUCAUUCCGACGCCCUCCAUCAGCCACCAGCUGCCUUUCAGACUCAUAGUGCUCGAGCUCAUCAGGAGAGGGCACCAGGUGACACUCAUAACAACAGACCCGAUAAGAGAAAAUAUCCAUAAUUAUACUGAAAUUGACCUGUCGAUGUCGUAUGAUUACUGGAAAGCCUCAUUCGACUUUACCUCAACCUCAGAUGUAAGUCCUAUUGAACUACUGAGCAUCUGCGCUCUGACAAGAAAAGAUAUAUGUGAAAUGCAGCUAGGAUCCCAACAGAUGAAGGAUUUAAUUCAGUCCCAGAUGUCUUUCGACGUGGUUAUCCUAGAGAGGUUCAUGCAUCACUGCUACUACGGCUUGGUGCACAAGCUGGGAUCCCCUCCGAUGGUUGGCUUCGUCUCUCUGGGCGCUCCCAGCCCGGCACUAGCAGCGCUGGGAAAUCCCAACAACCCCUCCUGCUCCCCUGAUAUAAUGGUCGGAUACUCGGACCACAUGUCCUUCUGGGAGAGGCUGUAUAAUGCGUACGUAACAGCACGCUUCCAUUACAUAUGGAAUUAUAAAAUGAUAUCAGAUCAAGAAGAGGUACUUAAAAAGCAUUUCGGCGAUGAUCUCCCCCCUAUACGUGAUUUUGAGAGAAACUUCAGCCUCCUUCUUGUAAACAAUCACUUCAGCAUGAACUAUCCACGACCGAGACUGCCUGGUGUGAUAGAGCUGACGGGACUGCAUCUAGAAAGAGAGCGGAAGCCACUUCCACAGAGUUUCCUCGACGGUGCAAAAGACGGAGUGAUUUACUUCAGUCUCGGUAGCAACGUGAGAGCCAGUGCGAUGCCAGAAGACAAGAGACGAGCCUUCCUGUCGGCUUUCUCGCAGCUUCCACAGCGCGUGCUGUGGAAGUGGGAGAUGGAUAACCUCCCUGGGCAGCCGGAGAACGUCAUGAUAGCCAAAUGGCUGCCCCAGCAGGACGUCUUGGCACAUCCGAACAUUCGUCUGUUCAUCACCCAGGGAGGACUCCAGAGCAUGAAUGAAGCAAGCUACUUCGCUGUGCCCUUGAUUGGAAUUCCUUUCAUGGGGGACCAGCAGCACAAUGUAGCUAAAAUGGUACAAGCUGGAGUGGCAUACCGGCUGCAGUUUAAGGAUGUUACGACCGAUACCGUUCUCAAAGCCAUUCACACCAUCCUUGACGAUAAAAGACCAUCAUCACCACCACCACCACCAUCACAACAGCAGCAGCAGCAGGAACAACAACAACAACAACAACAACAACAACAACAACAACCCAGCCUAUGUAGAGAAAUUGGUGCUGUCUACAAGGAGAACAUGAAGCGGUUCUCGGCGGUAUUCCGUGAGCAUCAGGAGGGAUCACUGGACAAGGCUGUCUGGUGGAUCGAGUACGUGAUCCGCCACAAUGGUGCCCCACACCUGCGCACUGCAGCCCUCGACCUGAGCUGGUGGCAGCUGCUGUUGGUCGACGUCAUCGCCUUCAUGGUUGCGACGGCGUCCAUUUUGGUCUACCUGCUGUACAAGGCAAUUUGUUACUGCAGAAGCUUACCACGUGCAUGUAUGAAACAGAAGAGGUCAUGA